CUUCUGUACACUUUGUUCACAUCGAUAUUUAGAGGCGUGGGAAGGUACACGGAGAACAAGUGCACGAUAAUGGAAGAUAAGAGUUUUGAAGAAGGGUUAACUUGCUAACAAGCAUAAAUUAUUGCAGAUAAUUUGAGAGAGGAAGUUGCUUUCUGGAUUCCUCUCAGGAUGAGCACCAACAGCUCCAGCCUGGUUUAUGAUGCACAGCCCCUGCUCAUUCUUCCUCUGGCACUGGUCAUCUUCCUCACGGUGAUUGGGAACCUGCUGGUCAUCCUGGCUAUCGUUUGCACUCCUCUGCUCCACACCACCACCAACGUCUUCAUCAUCUCCCUGGCCUUCGCGGAUCUCAUCAUGGGUUGUGUGGUCCAGCCUUUGGGUGCCAGCAUGGUGGUCGGCGGGAAAUGGCUUUUAGGCGACAAGUUUUGUGACUUGUGGACGUCCGUGGAUGUGCUUUGCGUCACGGCCAGCAUAGAGACGUUGUGUGUCAUCGCCAUUGAGCGCUACGUUGCGGUCACAAGACCUUUUGAGCAUAAGGUCCUCCUUGGGAAGCGCAGAGCUGGCUACAUCGUCUGCACGGUGUGGAUGGUGGCAUCCCUAGUUUCCUUCGUGCCAAUCAUGAACCAUUAUUCUCAUGCUAAUUACAAGGAGGCAGAAAUAUGUUACAAUAAAUCAGAAUGCUGUGAUUUCCAUACGAACAAGACCUACACCAUCUUUUCCUCGGUGGUGUCCUUCUACGUGCCCCUCAUUAUUAUGGUGUUUGUGUACGGGAAGGUGUUCGUCAUCGCAACCAGACAGUUGAAACUCAUCAAUAAGAAUAGACUCCGCUUUCUGAGUACAUGCACAGAAGACUCUUGUGAAAGUCCAUGUGAAACGGUGCAUAAUUUGAGCCGGAGGUCAACGAGGCAUGUCUUGAAAGAACACAAGGCGCUCAAGACGCUGGGGAUUAUUAUGGGCACCUUCAUUCUCUGUUGGCUGCCCUUCUUUGUCUUUAAUAUCAUCAAGGUUUUUGAUCCUCUAGUGCCAUCCCAGGAUGUGUUGCUCCUGUUGAACUGGCUCGGCUACACCAAUUCAGGCCUGAAUCCUAUCAUCUACUGCCACAGUCCUGAGUACCGCACUGCCUUCCUCAAUCUUUUAGGGUACAAAAAACUCAAGCAGUUAAAUUGCAAAACAGUGCACAAACAUCUAUGGACCGUCAGCUCGUGCAUCCAAAGCAACGGUUCUGUAAAAAUGGAUCGCUUAGGUCAUGAAGAUCCAUCUGCAAAGGGUGGGAACAUUUGUUCUGACACAUGUACAGUUUUCAAAGAAGAAGAGGUGGAAACUCAGCCUCACAAUGACUCAAAUGUGGCAUGGAUCAAUGUAGAAGAGAUGUUAAAGGUAAGUGCGUCUUUAAUUUGAAUGAUCCCUCAAACCAUGCAAGUUGCUGAGGUCUGUUAUUUAUCUAAGUGAUUAGAUUUUGACCUUAAGGAUGGACAUUGAAACCACCUAGAAUCUCAGGCAACUGCACAGCAACUCAGAAUCACUGUCACUGAUAAGCUACUACUAAAUAUUGUAUAAACUUAAUUUUCUGUAAAGUUGCUUUGCAACGAUUUGUAUCGUAAAAAGCGCUAUACAAAUAAACUUGAAUUGAACAUAGCAUAAUGGCAUUGAGUUGUGAAGCAGCACUCACAUUUUCUUCAGAAAAUCCUUCACAUUUAUUUAUUUAGCAAUUUUCUCUCAUUUCUUACAAUACGAAAAGCCUCGCUUAUAAACAGCAGGAUAUUAAACCUUCAAUAAAAUACAGAAUUGAUCUUUGUUUGCAUCUUUGAAUCAUUAUUUUCCUGUUUAUCCCUGUAAAGCUGCUUUGAAACAAUCUGAAUUAUAUAAAUGCUCUAUAAAAAAAAAAAAGUUUACUUAACAGAUGCUUUUAUCUAACGCAAGGAACACUGAAAGCAAUUCAUCAUAAGAGCCAGCAAUGUAAGCAAUACACAAUACCAUGUUUCAAGCUAGAGCAAAAAUGAAAUCCAGAAGAAAGAGAGAAAUUGUCUACCAGAGAGGACUUAUUAUAUUAAGUGCAUUCAUUAGUGGUUGUGGUUAAGUGCUUGCAUUUCCUUUAGAUCACCUAGACCAAUCAGUAUAUGAUCUUUAAUUUUUAACAAUCAGGAUUAACUUUGAGAAAGCCACAUAUGAGAAACUCCCACGCCUACCAUUUCCAUGUGGUGAAUGCGGUUAGUCAACUUAUGCUCACAUUCAGUUUGAAGCACUUCAGUGUUUCACUGAACUUCCUGUUUGAUGAAUGGCAUUGACCCAACACAGGAACUAAUACCUCUAACUCAAACUGAUUAUUAAAGAUUAGUGUAAUUAAAAUUAAAAUGUAACUAAACAU